AUCCGUUGAGAAAUGUCAAAACAUUGAAAGAAUUUUGUAAAUAUUUUCCAUUAUUUUCCAGAUUAAAUUAAGUUUUUAAAACUUAUAUGGUUUGUUUUCGGUCUAAAAGCCAGCACUCAUGGACGGAAAGCGCCCCGAACCAACGGCGACCCUUAUAAACCCCGCCGGAAGUGGCAACAGCAGCCUGCUGACCAACGGCUUUGGUACGCAGUUCAUGACGAUUGCUCCGCCGCUGCUAAACUGCGAGGACGAGCUGAUAUGGCUGGAUCUGACCAACCCGGCGUACCACAAACCGGUGUACAGUUCGAACGAGCCCAAAUGCGCCGGGAAGGAUGCGAAAAAUCUGAUCAUGCAAUCGUUCCGGCACGCGCUCAGCUUGCAGGAACAGAACGAUUUGCUGCGGGAGCUCGAGAAGGAUCCGGAUUUGGUGUACCGCGUGGGGCUGACGCCGGAGAAGCUGCCGGAUUUGGUGGAGUACAAUCCGCUGAUUGCGAUUGAGAUUUUGCUCAAGUUGAUCCAUUCGCCGCUGAUUACGGAAUAUUUUAGCGUGUUGGUCAGCAUGGAAAUGUCGCUGCACUCAAUGGAGGUCGUGAACCGGUUGACGACAUCGGUCGAGCUGCCGACGGAGUUUGUCCAUCUGUACAUAAGCAACUGUAUUUCGUCGUGUGAGGCGAUCAAGGAUCGCUAUCUGCAGAAUCGACUGGUGCGGUUGGUUUGUGUGUUUUUGCAGAGUUUGAUCCGGAAUCACAUCAUUGACACGAGCGAGCUGUGCAUCGAGCUGGAGGCGUUCUGCGUCGAGUUCAGUAGAAUACGGGAAGCGGCCGCGCUGUACAGGCUGCUGAAACAGCUGGAGUCGGACACAAGUGCGACGGCAAAUAAACUCAAAUGAUGUGGAUUAAGUAAAAACAACAAUAUU